AUGGGUAAAGGUACACCAUCAUUAGGUAAAAGACACAACAAGUCACACACUUUAUGUAACAGAUGUGGUCGUCGUUCAUUCCACGUCCAAAAAAAGACUUGUUCAUCAUGUGGAUACCCAGCUGCUAAAAUGAGAUCACACAACUGGGCUUUGAAAGCUAAGAGAAGAAGAACAACCGGUACCGGUAGAAUGGCUUACUUGAAGCACGUUUCAAGAAGAUUCAAGAACAACUUCCAAACCGGUGUUGCUAAACCACAAAAAGCUGAAGCAUCUGCUUAA